AAUGAAGGCGUAUGUGAGAAAUGGUAUUGCAAGGAGAUCAGUGUUAACUGUUAAGCCAUAGAUUUGGUACUUCAAUUUCUUGUUUCUUAAUUACUCAAAUGGGUUUCUUGGAUGGAAAAGAUUGCAAAGCUUUUAUGGCUCCCAUAUUGCUGCUACUUGGUUUUUUCUUAUCUGGCCUAGAACUAACAGGCGCACAAUCUGUCGGUGUAUGCUAUGGAAGAAAUGGCAACAAUCUCCCAUCUGAAGCAGAUGUUAUAAAUCUAUACAAAAGCAAUGGCAUUGGAAGGAUGCGGAUUUAUGAACCAAAUCAACCAACUCUGAACGCCCUUAGAGGAUCAAACAUUGAGCUAAUCAUCGGCAUCCUCAACACUAACCUUCAAGCCCUCACUGAUGCUGCGGCAGCAACAGACUGGGUCCAGAACAACGUAAGAAACUACUGGCCUGAUGUCAAAUUCCGAUACAUUGCUGUCGGGAAUGAAGUACAUCCAAAUGAUGCUGAAGUGGGAUUUGUUUUAACUGCCAUGCAAAACAUACGCAAUGCAAUUGCAGCUGCAAAUUUACAGGACCAAAUAAAGGUGUCAACAUCCAUUGACACAACUUUGGUGGAAAAUGCAUAUCCUCCAUCACAAGGCUCCUUCACUGGAGCUGCGUCUUCAUUUAUAAAGCCAAUCAUCGAUUUCCUCGUUAGCAAUGGAUCACCACUUCUAGUCAAUGUGUAUCCCUACUUUGCCUAUACCGAGAACACUCAAAGCAUUUCCCUUCCAUAUGCCUUGUUUACUUCUCCAGGGGUUGUGGUCACAGACCCAGAAGGUAAUCGUGGGUACCAGAAUCUUUUUGAUGCAUUGUUAGAUGCUCAGUACUCUGCUCUUGAGAAAGCUGGUGCACCUAAUCUGCAAAUCGUUGUAUCAGAGAGCGGUUGGCCAUCAGAAGGGGGUGAUGCAGCAAGCGUAGAAAAUGCAGGCACUUUCUACAAGAAUUUGAUUAAUCAUGUGAAGAAUGGGACUCCAAAGAGGCCUGGACAAGCAAUAGAAACUUACUUGUUUGCCAUGUUUGAUGAAAACCUGAAGAAUGUUCCUCCAGAAAUUGAGAGACAUUUUGGUCUCUUCUCCCCGAACCAACAACCCAAGUACCAAAUCAGUUUCGGUUAAUCAGAACAGUUUUGGCGAUGCCAAUUUAUAUAUAUAUAUAUAUAUAUAUAUAUAUAUUUUUACAUAUAUAUUGCUCUAAAUAACAGUGCCUUGAUGCUAUGUAUUCAAUAAUCUAAAUGUUCCGUUCCACAAUUACUCUUUUAAUGAAUAAAUAAGUUAUCUAC